CAGUAACUACAUCAUACAAUUACCUCCGUUUGUUCAUGAUCUUACGUUUUAUGACAAAAAACAAUAAAGCAUGAGCUACUUAGACUUUAUUUGAGAAAUAAGGGAAGGUACGGCUUGAUGGAGUAACAUAUUCCAUCUCAAAAUAAAAGGAACUAGAAAAUGAGCGCGCUGAGCAGGUAACAACCAAAAAAAGCUUAAUUUAGGCUCCAAGACAACGACUCCAAUCAAUCGCUAUGCAAAACAAUUAGCAACUAUUGAUUCCCGACAUUGAUUAGAUUAUCUAUUACUUAAUCUUUUCUCAAAUACAAACGUUAUACAAGUUUUAACAAGUUUUAUUCUACCGAAAAAUUAAAACUGAUAUAGAAUUUUCUUCACAGUACAAAAGUGUAUUUUAGAGGGCACUAAUCCCUCAUGCAAAAUGAGAAUUCAAUAGACUUUGUAGAAAACAACUUUUAUCAAAACGCACAUUUCAGGCUUUCAAGAUUUGGUCAGCCAGGCGAUAGAGGAUGUCCAAUGUUAAUUGAUUCUGAAUCCUCAAAUGACAAGGGAAGUUGAACAGCUCUAAUGGUGUAUGCCUUGCCUUGCCGCUCCGUGCUUUUUAGUGCAUCUCAGCGGUCUGCCGUGCCAUGAAAAUGUGUCCACAAUUGAUCUUUCUUCACAGCAGCGUGCUAUGAGUGACGCCAAUGUUAUUGACUUCAAUAAUUGGGUUUUUCUCAUUCACUGUCUGCUCUCUGAAUCGAGGGAAAUAUUUAGAAGAUUACGGCCCAAGCUCGAAAGCAUUUCCAAUGCACGGAAUGGACUGGAUUAUAGUUCUUCUCUUCCUUUUUCGAGCCUCUACGCAAACUCAAGCUAGAGGGAACUGCUCCCUUCACCCCUGCCCUGGGGAUUGCGUUUGUUGCUCUGAUGGAAAAGUCAAAUGUAAUGUCAGCAGUGCGCUUAUCAGUCCGUUUCUGCUGCCAAGCAACACAAAAAGCCUAACACUUGUUGGUCAUGAUGUCUCCAGAAUAGGUCCUCAAGUGUUUAGUGGCCUAAUGCAGCUAGAAUCACUAAAUCUAAGCUUUAUUGGUAUGCAAGAGUGGGCAGUUCAACCACCAGCACUGAUGUCUCUGAGAUUACUAGAUCUCUCAGGUAACCACAAGUUUAUGUUGAAGCCAGCUCUGUUGCAGUUACUUCCAUCCUUGGUGAAGAUAAGGGGAGCAACUUGGAGCGAGCAAUGCACAGACUGUACUCUUACGAAACCUGAUCCAAUCAUCAUGUUACCAUCAAGUUCCUAUAACCUCGUGAAUGCGACACGAUCACCUAUUGAUAAAUUUACGAACACGACACGAUCACCUAUUGAUAAAUUUACGAACACGACACGAUCACCUAUUGAUGACCUCGCGAAAACAACACGAUCAAGUAUCGAUCACUCUGGAAAUAUCUCCAAAAGAAAUCACAGUAUCUCUAGUGUUGCACCAACUGAAGACGAAUGGGAAGGAUGGGUAGAAGCGACUUUGGCCCCCUGCGAAGGUACUCCGAACAUAGCGUUCCAAUUUGCAAGUAUUGGAUUCAAAUCCCAUUGUCAAGACAACGAGGAAGUUUGUGCAAUGACAUGCGAGCUCAUAAACAACUAUGAAAAUGGAAUUGUCAGGAAAUUAUUCCUUACACUUUACCCACUAGGCGUGCUCGGAAUGCUUAUCAAUUCCAUUGUCAUAGCAACCAUUAUCACGUCAAAAAAGCUCCGUAAGAAUGUGUCCAUGAUCCUCUUCGCCAAUAUGUCGGCCUGUGACAUCAUGCUGGGUAUCUACUCAAUCCUCGCUGCCAAACACGAGUUCGCAUUCAAGAGAAAGGGCAAAGCGCCUUAUGAUGCUUGCAAAGCCGCUACGGCCUUGUUUACUAUCGGAGAAAUGGUAUCCGUGACAACGGCGGUUUUGAUGACGGUUGAAAAGUACUUGGCGAUUUUAUACUGCAUGGAGCCUGACAAGCGAAUGAGAAGAAAACAUGUCGCGGGAACCCUGUGUGCUGCUUACGUAACAUCGCUUCUAUAUUCGCUCAGCAUCGUCUACUCAGACAUGGGCUACUCAAUGACCCUCCACUGUUCAUUUCCGGUGAAUGCCGAAGACCAGACAAAGCAGUUCAUACUCGUCAACACGCUCCUUAUAUGGCUCUACUUGACCACGAUACCGCUGUACGUGCGGAUUGCCGUCUUUGUCAGUCGCUCCGGGGCACAGGCUGGGAUAAAAAGGGAUGCAGCGUUGGCUAAGAACUUGGCGGUGUUGAUCGGCAUCAACCUUAUUUUCUUCAUUGCGCCCAUGUCCUUAAUUAUCGUCAACAUUCUCUUGAACAAAGGGCAUACUGUGAUCCAUACAAACUUGCCGACCCUCCACUACAUCGUGUACGCGUGGUUGCCGUACGUCUGUCUUGCUGUUAACUCGGUAAUCAACCCAUUCAUCUACGUGUUAAGACGGCGACAGUUUCGCCGGGAAUUUAUUGCCUGCGCAUGCGUGGACCUUCGACUUACUACACAUAUUCAAAGAGCGUUCUCAUUCAUCUCUCUUUCGACAAGACGAACUUCCACUGCAACACCCACAAGCCCACGCGGCGAGGUCUAUAACAUGUCUCAGCACCCGGAACCUAAGCGCAUGCGCAUAAACUCGCAAAUCGUUGCCGGGGCGCCGCCUAGCAACGCCGUCGUACUGUGCAAGUUCUCGGACAAGAGUUUGUAAUAUAGUGGCGGUCCGGGCAGACAUGGGUGAUGAGUCAUCUUAAACAAUGUCGAUGAGUCAAUAAUUUGUAAUCUAUAUGUAUUUGGUGCAUGUGAUACUUCUCCUUCGCGUUAAAAGAAAUGUAUUUGCGUUUUUACAGCCACAAAUUAACGGCCAUAUGGAUAUAUGCUGGUAUAUAUUGGUUAUGUAAUCUAUAUGUACAUAGUGCAUGUAAUAGUUCUUCUUCGCGUGUUUUUUUACAGCCACAAAUUCACGGCCAUAUAUUGGUAUUUAUUGAUCCCCUGCCUCUUAAUCUGUUAACAGCAGCUCUGAUGACAACCAAGAACAGCUGCUAAGUAGCCUACCUGUGCCUCGAUAAAUCCUAGAUCAGUCCAUGGUAAUAUAGCUCCAACCUUUUCAAGCUAUACUAUGCACGUGACCACUUCCGCUUAAAGUGCCCAAAAUAAAAUAAAUAAAAUAGAAAAGAAACCAUCA